CCAGCCUGUUUGCGGAUUGGUCCUUACGGAGACCCGUUGUGGACCGCGCAGAGUGCUGGGAAAAAGAAAAUAUGGCGGCCGGGCCUAGCAAGGCUGAGAUCCAAACGCUGUUUAAGCGGCUACGGGCUGUGCCGGCUAAUAAGUCCUGUUUUGACUGUGGUGCAAAGAAUCCGAGCUGGGCCAGCGUCACUUACGGUGUUUUUCUCUGUAUUGACUGCUCUGGAGUCCAUCGGUCACUGGGUGUGCACCUCAGCUUCAUCCGGUCUACAGAGCUUGACUCCAAUUGGACCUGGCUUCAGCUGAGAUGUAUGCAAGUGGGUAGCAAUGCCAAUGCGACUGCCUUUUUCUGCCAGCAUGGUUGCACCACCACAGAUGCUAGUGCCAAGUAUAAUAGCCGGGCAGCCCAUGUGUAUCGAGAGAAGAUACGGCAGCUGGCAAGUGCUGCCAUGGCCAAAUAUGGGAAUGAUCUCCUGAUUGAUGGGCUGAGUGGGACACCCGGCCAUUCCCCAGAGAAGAGUGAUGCUGACUUCUUCCUGGAACAUACACAGGCUUGCAAUAUUUGGGAUGUGACUGAGACAGGUCAGAGCACAGUGGAAACUUCACUAGAGUUGGAGAGAGCUACAAAGCCAUCUGAAAACAGUGAGGUUCCAUAUCCUGACCAGGGUCCUUCAACUGACUUGCUGAGCACUUCUCCCAAAGGGUCUCUUGACGCAUCCAUGUGUCUGUCUUCACAAGGGGCUACUUCUGCCAGAGAAAUAAAGCCUUCCCUUAUUGGAAAGAAGAAGCCAGGUGCUACCAAGAAAGGGUUGGGAGCCAAAAAAGGUCUUGGAGCUCAGAAAGUGAGCAGCCAGAGCUUCACAGAAGUUGAAAGGCAGGCCCAAGUGGCAGAAAAGCUGAGAGAGCAGCAGGCUGCAGAGUAUAGGAAACAAGCAGAAGAAUCUUUGGUGAGCUCAAUGAGACUGGCCUACCAGGAGCUGCAGAUUGAUCGGAAGAAAGAGGAGAAGAAACUUCAAAACCUGGAAGGAAAGAAGCGUGAACAGGCUGAAAGACUGGGCAUGGGCUUGGUGUCCAGAAGUUCCAUCUCGCACUCUGUCCUUUCUGAAAUGCAAGUGAUAGAACAAGAAACACCAGUGUCUGCAAAGUCUUCUCGUUCUCAGUUGGAUCUGUUUGAAGAUACUGGAAGCUUCACAUCUGGACCCCCCAAGUAUAAGGAUAAUCCUUUCUCACUAGGAGAUGCCUUUGGCUCGCAGUGGGAAACAGACAACUCUUCUUGGGGCAUUGACAAAGGAGAGGAGGAGACAGACAUCACUAUCUCCAGCAUCCGGCCCAUUGGUGACAGACCUACCAACAGAAGGGAAACUGAAGGCAAGAUAUCCAUAGUGGAGUCCAAUGAAGCUCGACAGAAAUUUGCAGGGGCCAAAGCCAUCUCCUCUGACAUGUUCUUUGGGCGGGAAGCUGAUGCUGAGUACGAAGCCAGAUCCCGACUACAGCAACUCUCUGGCAGCAAUGCCAUCAGUUCUGCUGAUCUUUUUGGAGAGUCAGAGUCUGUGAACUCGAGUGGUGUAUCAAUUGGAAAUGUUCUGCCUGCUGCAGACAUUGCCCAGUUCAAGCAAGGGGUGAAGUCUGUUGCUGGCAAGAUGGCUGUUCUGGCCAAUGGCGUGAUGAACUCCCUCCAGGAUCGGUAUGGUACAUAUUGAUGUCUCUGGGGAAUUUGCUGCUUGUGGCCAUCAGUGAAAAACUUGCACACUGAGUCAACUGGCAAAAUUCUGCAGGAUUAUUUUUCAAUUCAGCAUGAUUGGAGGGCUGCUUGAGAACAGGGUUGGAUGGAGAAAUGGACAUGCCUGGCAUUUGCUCAAAAUCUUUCUGGACAUCAGUUGUGUUAGAAACAAGUUUCCCCCCACCCCCAAGCCCAGACAUCUUGCAAACAGAGCACGAGCUGGUCCAGAGAAUGUUCCCUUGCCACUGUGUAGAGACAGGGUUGCAGAUGAAUGAUCACAUUAGUGUUGCUGUUCCUGUUUUAUUCCACAACAGUUGCUCUUGGCAGAUCAAAUAUUGUGGAGACAGGAAGCGGUACUGAAUACUCUUCACCUUUCUGCAUCCAUAGGGAUAUUGCAGAGGUGUGGAGCUCUUAGGCUGUUUUUUAGCACACAGUUUCCUCUUCUGCACAAAUUCUUACUGCCUCUUUAUAUUGACAUGGUAUAAGUCAUGGUGUAAGCUAGUUCUUUCAAGGGCAGUGGCUUAAAAGCCUAAACCUACAGGAGGCUGCAAAAGUUCAAAGCAUGCUUGAAAAAAAUCUUUAUAUGGUUUUACACUGCAAAUAUGGUGGAUAGUUGGAACAUUAAUUCCUCCCCAGCCAUAAAUUUGCAGGAGCCUUUUCUGGGAGACUAUGGAAUUAAGGAAUGUUAUCUGCCCUGCACUUUCAUAGUAACAAUCUGCUUUGCCUCAUUGGUGUUUUCUGAUUUCCAUUAAAUCCUUCCUUGGGGAAACUAGGGACAGAAUGAGGUAGGGCGACUUGCUUCAGGGGCUCUGCCUCCACUCCUGGUAUAAUGCAGCCCCUGCUAUUACCACUGUCCCUCCUCAUUUACACUGAUAAAUUUGCUGAAUGUUGGGGCCCUCGUCUAUGCGGAAAAAAAAGUGAAAAAGAGCAAUGUCUCUUCCUCCUGUCCAAGCUUCAUUGCUGCCCCCUUGCUCUUGCAAAGCCUAGCAUUAUAGGGGUUUUUCUCCUACAUAAUUUAGUUACAGCUCUUUCUGUUUAUCAGGAAUUGGAGAAGGAAGACAUACCUUUAAUAUCUUACUGUGCUGUUCUGAUGGCCAGGAUGUUCAACAAAAUUCUGCUGCAAAGCCCCCUGCUGAAUCUGCAUGUCUUAUCUCCCAUUUCAGAGUUGGUUAUGCUCUUUGACUGACUGUAGAGUCUCCUCAGUGCAGUGGGAGUGAAGGGGGACUUGCAGCUGAGACCUUUUUGCAGUUCCACUGCUGUGCAGUUGCAUGUGUCUCUGUAGGGUGGGUUAUCCUAGAAGUUCUUAUCAAAUUGACUGUAUUCCCUGGGGUAGUGGGAUAAGUCUGGACUGUGGCAGGGUUUGUUUCUGUAAUGGGAGAGCAACCACUAUUAGGAUGUUGCAGUGACACCCUGAGUUUCAGUAAGGCAUCCAUGCUAGAGGUAAGGGCUCAACUCAUAAUGGAGCAAUAUCUUGCUCACUUCUGUAUUUGCUUAUUUGUGAGUGUGGUUGACCUGCUUUUUCCUUGCGCACUUUCUAAGAGGGUUAGUGGCUGCAUGGACUUAUUGGAGUUCUCUUUCCCAUUAGCACUUUGCUCUGCUCCCCUUCUCAUUAUUUGCUCCCUGGGUUCUGAAAAUGCACUGACGUUUAUCUUUGACUAUGGCAAAUAUUGUCUUAAAAUAAGGAGGAUUACCUCUAGAGCACUAGCUCCCUUCAUGGACAAGGAUUUGCUCAGUGCUCCCUCUGCUCUUAUACUGGAAGAGGGUUCUCUUCUUGAAAUGUCUGUCUUGAGAUGAUGGUAGUAUUGAUGAGCUGUGUGUGGCCAGGACUCGGUCUCUGCUGGGGGUGGUGGUGUCCAAAAGAGUCAUGCGGAAUUUUCCCACCCCCCUCAAGUGAAUAAAAUCAAAUACCUGUGUGUCCUCCA